CGUUCGGUCGGUCAACACGUGGGAAGGAGAUAGACAAGAGACAUACGGAGCGGGGGGGACACGUUGGGAUUGUUCCGGGCCCAGAAUACGUAACAUUAAUAUUAUACGACACAGUUCACAGUGGCGGUGCGAAGAAAGCAUAAACACAGUGUAGCUGCUAGGGUCCAGAGGAGAUGCCACUGAGGUUCCGGUCCUUUGUUCCGUAUACGCUUCCCGGAGUGCUGGCACUCAUAGGUUGGUGGUGGUACAUCUCCCGCAAAAAAGAGCGACUGCCCAGCCUUGAUAGUGAGGAGGGCUCAGCUAUGGGCUUGCUGUCUUCUGGUGAGGGCAGCAAUGGGAUAGUUGACAAAGGCUGUCCCACAGUCAGCAGCACACACCGUAGGACCAGUCGAGACAGAAUCAAAGCCAAAGAGCACAGACCUGUUGAGCAGGAAGUUGUAGCAGAGAUUCACACACCGGUGCUCAAAGCGUCAGCGGAAGAGGUUCUUGGCGCUCCCCCUGUCGUGUUGGCGAGCGGACAGCUAAGUGCUCCUCGGAGCAAUACAAAAUCAGUCCCCCAACAAAGCCACCCAGAAACCAUCAGGCAGACAUCUCCGCUCUCAUCUUCAACCCCAACAAAAACAGUGGAGGAGAGUCCUCAUCAUAAGGGACCAGAGGCGGCGACUUCAACUCGAAGAGUUCUGGAGACGACGGCUUCGAUCAAGAAGCGGGCCGAAAAACAACCACUAAACACCCAGCGGUCUCCAGAAGGCAAGGCAGAGCGACCAGAGCCUGAGGGAGAGGUGGCCACUGAAGCCUCCACACCAACGUGUGCAAAGAACCUGCCAGCUGACGUGAAAAACAUUGAGCUAGCCUCCACUGCAUCCUCAAUAGAGGAUGGACUUGAGAAGAUGGAGACGCAAAGACCCAAAACACCCCUGGCUCUGGCCACGUUCCCCAACUCCACCAGCACACCCAUCUCGGAAAGCUCCACAGAGGUCCAGCACCAUGAAAAUGGAGACGUGGGCCUGCCAUCUGAGACCAGUCCAAACAUGCAGGAGCUUCAGCGUCUCGCGGCAGGGCUGAUCACUGAGGUCAUCUCGGCUGCCACCCAGGAGGUCAUGGCGGUCAGCAGCUGUGAGUCCCGCCAUGGCGAGGGCUCGGAGGUGGCUGACAACAGCACGCCUGAUGUAAACGGAAGGGAAUUGUGUGUAUCUACGGAGAGCACAGUCUCUCAAAGCCACGCGGAAAUUGCACAGUUGGCCCAGAUAGUGGAAGAGAUGGCCAAUGGUUGUCUAGCGCCUUCGCUGACGAAUGACGAGAGGAAAGAGGAGAGCGAGGAAAGGGUGACGUUGACCGUGUUUUCUGAGGAGCCGUUGGAGUUGACACCGGUUGUGGCCAAGCUGCAGGCGGAGGAAGUGCUCGUCGAAGACUCGGGAUGUAGCACGUGCCAGUCGGAGGAUGGCGUCAGCAGCGAGGACCUCCAUAGCACGGGGUUGUCCUCGACUGUGUCUGAGAGCAAAGAGGACCUCAUUCAAAUUUCAGGGACAUGUAGGGCUUCAGAGGGUCAUGGAGAUGGGCUGCAGGAGAGUCUUGCUCCUCAGGAAUCUUCACUUACAGCGGAGAAUGUGGCUUCCGUUUGCGAGGCAGCACGGUUGAACGGGAUGGGCCUUAGGAACGGCAACAUGAGCGAGGUAGAAGCUGACCAGUCGGGAGGUUCGGAUGUGAAUAGCAUGGAUUCUGUGGACAGCUGUUCCACUGUGGGGACGGAGAGCCUCGCAAGUGGAAGCCAGGCCUGUCAGUCACAGAGCUCCGAGCUCAUUGUGUGGGAGAUAGAGGUGCCAAAGCAUCUAGUUGGGCGGUUAAUCGGCAAACAGGGGAGAUAUGUGAGUUUCCUAAAGCAGACCUCUGGUGCUAAGAUCUACAUUUCAACCCUGCCUUACACACAAGAGUUCCAGAUAUGCCAUAUAGAGGGAACCCAACAGCAGGUAGAUAAAGCCCUGACCUUGAUCGGGAAGAAAUUCAAAGACUUGGACCUGACCAACUUGUAUGCUCCGCCUCCACCGCUAACGUUGCCCUCCCUGCCAAUGACAUCCUGGCUUCUUUUGCCCAACGGUGUUACGGUGGAGGUGAUUGUGGUGAAUAUCGUAUCGGCCGGUCACAUGUUUGUCCAGCAACACACUCACCCGACAUAUCACGCCCUGCGCAGCCUGGACCAGCAGAUGUUCCUCUGCUAUUCACAGCCCGGCACGCCCGCGUUGCCAUCCCCCGUUGAAGUUGGUGUGAUUUGUGCGGCCCCAGCGGUUGAAGGAGCCUGGUGGCGAGCGCAGGUCAUCUCGUACUACAAAGACUCGAAUGAAGUAGAGAUCCGAUAUGUGGAUUAUGGAGGCUACGAGAGAGUCAAGAUUGACAGCCUUCGCCAGAUCAGGUCGGACUUUGUGACAUUACCGUUCCAAGGAACCGAAGUGUUACUGGACAACAUCGCUCCUCUUCCAGGAGAGGACAGGUUCUCCGCCGAGGCCAGUUCUGCACUGGAAGAGAUGACAAGAGGGGUUCCUUUGCUUGCACAGGUCACUAACUAUGACAACAAUACAGGACUUCCCUUAGUACACAUGUGGAACAUGGUGGGAGAGGAGCUGGUCCUUCUGAACCGCACUUUGGCAGAGCGAGGGUUCGGCGUAUGGGUGGACAGUUUCUGAUCCUCCAGCGCUGCUCUCUCGCCCCACCUCUCCUCACUCACUUCUCGGCCCACCUGCCCCCUAACCAUCACCACUUCUGAAGCUCCGCAGGUCCCAUCGUCCUCUUCCCACCAUGCACUCUUCAUACACCUCCUCACCGACUAUGGGAAAAUUCCUUUUUUGGUUCUCUCCCCUCUCCACCCUGCGUUUUCUGUUUUCUUUUCUAUCCCUCCUUCAUAUUAAACCUACGUACUGUAUUAAAGAAAAACGAAGAGAGCCAAGUGUCAAUGACUGAACACCAAUAAGGACUGAAGACGUUCCUUGUAAAUUUCAAUACUGUAAUUAAAUAAAGGUUAAUCAUGUUUUCCGUCCGACCAGACUCCUUCCAGCACAAACCCGAGCGGAUUAUGCCGUGGAUGAAAACUAAUCUGUAUAUUGAGAAGAUAUGCGGUUGACGUAAUGUUGGGACAUCAUGUUUGCAUUUGUUAUCUCAGCUUUGUUUCGCUUUCCGACCGGGUGGGUGACGAAAAAUGCGGUUAUUCAAGCAAUGAUUUUCUGUAGAAGUCAGUCUGAUCCUGUGCAUCAAGGAAGGACAAACUACCACAGCUUCAUAUAAUCCAUCUCUAUGUCUGUCUGUACAACAGUGUGGCCUUAGAGGGGAAAUGACACCCAUCUCUCACACCACGUGCUCUGGACUCGAAUCAGCCUGACAGCCGUGGUCAGUUUGAGCUCUCGCAGGGUUCUUGAUUUACACUGACUACACACGUCUGCGCCCCUCUGACCUCUGGGCUGUUUUGAGGGGGGAAGCUACAGCCCUAGAGCAACACUAAAGUUUGAACGGUGCUGUAAUACAAGGCGAAAGAGCACAUCCUGACCCAUGGACCCACUAAAACCUGUGGCCUGAAGGAAACUGUGAUUGAGAGUGGGCCUUCCCUUCUGCUUGUAAUGAAUGGGUCUGUGUGUGGUUUUGUAUGCAUGUUAUUCUUCUCCAAAGCACGUCUUUGGCCCAGCGCACUGUGUUGCGGUCACGCCAUGAUGUCUACCAGUGCUAUCGUUCAACACUCGGAUCUUGAAUCACGUCCAGCUUGAACCACGUUUCACUGCAACUAAUUGCCAUCUAGUCUUUGCGUUCUGUAAAUAACAUGGGUAUAUGGUGUCCAUCCCCAGAAACCCACCCCACUGUUGUUCACGGUCCUGAUUGGCUAAUAGGUAAGGCUCUUGGUACACCUGUAUUGAAAAAGCUUUAAGCAUUAUUCAUACCAUUUUUUUUUUACAUUGGAUGCGAUCAGAUCUGCUUUAAUACUCUUAUCUGUAAUUUGUUAAAGAAUAAUGACACGGUGAUUAUUAAUAUUCCUUUUUUUGUACGUUUUCAUUGAUUAUGCUUUUCCUGGUGGUUAAAUUGACUUUUUGACCAGGACUCAUCCCUGUUUCUGCUGCUGGAACGUUUGUAAUGUAAUGCCGUCAGGCUAUAGAAUGUUUAAAGUUGUCCCUGGUUUAGAAGUUACUGGACUUUUAUCCUGGUUAUGGGUCAUUUAAUUGAUUAUGAUUGUUAGCAAUACAGUUUUGGACUCCAAAAAAUCAUGCUGACGUUUUAGUGCCACAGUAAAGCUGGGUGCAAUUAAAUUCAAUUAUAAAUAAGGAAAAAUAGAAUUGCAUAUUUUGGCCUUUUAUUCAAAGUGGAAUUACACCCAGCUGGUAGUAGAGGGCGUAUUGGUAUACAUGAACUGACAUCAUUGCAAAGUUCACUAAAAGAAAGUUUAGACUUCCAUAAAGAGCACUACAACUCAAGCAAACCCUCUCAUUUCCACUAUCUUACCAGAUAUUUCUGCAAUAUCACAAGGUUCUAAACUGUCUUGCAUCCAUCUCAGGUAUGAGCUCUUCAUUUGUUGUCUUGUUUGUAAUUUCUGGAAUAGUGUACUUGACCUGUGGCAGUGUGUACAGCCAGCUUAGGGUUUUUCUUGUAUGUCCAUGUGCACUAAGGAACCACGUUGACCUACGAGCUAAAACAUUUCACUUUUCUUGAGGUCUGAAAAAUCCACUCAUAUCUUCACAUUGCCUCCUACCAUUAGAGCAUAUGUGUCCUCUGUAUGUUCCUACCCACACUCUCCUGUCAUGGAUGAAUCACGCUACAUUAGACUUGUCCAGGUGUGUGUGUGUGUAUAUAUAUAUAUAUCUCUCACUGUACUUUUGUAAAAACACUGAUGUGAGUAGGUAUCAAAAGGGAACAUGUUAUUUUUUCAUCCCCCUUUCUGUUCACCUGUUCUCUGUUGGUAGGAAUGGUUUGAGAUGUUUGCUUAGCUAGAUGAAUUUGAUUAUUUAAAUGAGUGUAAGCAAUCCUAGACAUGUACAGUACAAGUCGGUUUUUUGCCAGACUCAUUCAAAAGUUUGAUUCUUUGGUUGUACAGAUCUAUUGAAAAAGAGAAUAAAGUUAUUG